AUGGAAUAUUUUCGUUACUAUCGUAGUUGGAUGUACGAUAGAACGUUACCAGGCAGACUUGGACUUACACCAAAAUUUGAGGAAGGAGUUAAGGGGUUUAUCGCAUGGGCAUUUGCACAAGAAUGUUGUCGACGUGAGGGAGGAGUGAGAUGUUCUUGUCUUAAAUGUGAAUGUAGACCUAUAAUUAGUGAUCCAGAGGAAGUAGAACGUCAUUUGAAGAGGAAGGGUUUCAUUAAAAAUUAUUGGGUUUGGACAUAUAAUGGAGAACAACUGCCGAGUAACGUACAUGCAGAGAUAACUAAUACACACGCAUCAAGUAGUCGAUCACAUAUGGAAUUUGAUGAACAAUUUAAUCUGAUCGAUGAAAUGGUUGGAAAUGCAUUUGGAGUAAAUGUGACAUAUGAUGAACCUCAGGAUUUUGAUGGGGAAGAGUUUCCGAAUGAGGAAGCACAAAGGUUUUACCAAUUGUUGAAAGAAAUGAAUACACCGUUGUUUGAGGGGUCAGUAGAUUCAAAAUUAUCAAUGUGUGUGAGAUUAUUGGCCGCAAAGUCAAAUUGGAAUGUUCCUGAUCAGUGUUUGGAAUACUUUGCAAAAAUGAUGUUGGAUGCGACUCCUACGAAAGACAAUUUGCCUACAAGUUAUUAUGAUGCAAAGAGGUUGGUGUCGAAGUUGGGUUUAGAAGUACGAAAGAUUGAUUGUUGCAUAAAAGGAUGUAUGUUUUUUUAUGACAAUGAGUUUGGUAUUAAUGAUGAGGCGCUAGAGGAAUGUAAGUUCUGUAAGAGUCCGAGAUAUCAAGUUCGUAGUAAAGCCAUUAACCGUAAACAAAAACAUGUAGCAGUGAAGUCCAUGUUUUAUUUGCUGAUAAUACCAAGGUUAAAAAGAUUGUUUGCUUCAAUGCAUAGUGCAAGUCAAAUGACAUGGCAUCAUACAAAUAAAACAUGUUCAGACAUUAUGCACCGCUUGAUCUACGCGUUGAUCUUUAUAUUUGGAAUUUAA